AUAAAAGGGUCGGGAAAGCCGAUUUUGCGCAUCUGCCCCGCGGCUGCCUUUUCGUCCACUCAGACCGUCGCCGAGUCACAAGGACAUCACAUUUACUAUAUACAAAAAACGCUAUCUUUACCAUGAAGAUAAAUUUAAUUUGGUCGGGCCUGUGCCUGAUCACGGCAGUGGCUUGUAUGGAUGCCACUGGCCGCGAAUGCGGAGAUCUAGGUCCACCACCUUCCAUACUGGACAUGCCGCCACCUCCGAUGCCGUCGUUCUUGACGGCCGUGUUGAAUGACCAGUCGGGCAGCAACGAAUCGAACUCGCCUAACAAGGAGCUACUGAUGGAAACCAACGAGUUGGAACCGGGCAAGCCAUGCAAAUCCAUGUGCGACACGGAUCAAGGGGUGGGAUUUAUCGAACUACCUCAACAAGGACCUAUUAUCGAGACGUAUUCCUGGUGGAUGUUGCUGUCCACGUGCUUACUCGGAGUGAUGUUGAUCGGCACCGUCGUACUAGUAGUCAUCGUCCGUCUGCGAGACAAGAAACGCUGGAGCAAGUCAGACUUUAGCCCGGAGCCGAAGAAGAGCCCGCCGCUGUACGAUACGAUCGACAUAUCGCCGAAAACGUUUUGGGCCACGCUGUCGCCCACCGGCAACAUCGACACGACGGCCACGACUCGGCGCCCGGUGCACCACCACCCGCAGACCAUAGCCAACCCGAACUUCGAGAACGGCGCCUACUACCCGUACGAGCAGCAGCACGAGUACCAGCAGAUCACAACCAUCCGUCGCACUAUGCCCGAGUACCAGACCAUCAGACCGCACGUGUCCUCACCCACGCGCAUCGAACACCCGAACAUGCCACCGCUGAACCUGUACAGGUCGAUCCACCGGAUAUCCGACCUGGAAUCCCCGUAAACUGUGCGCGUCCAGCCCCCAAUCCCUUUCCACGCAGUUCCGCUCGCUGAAUCCGCGCGAUUGCUACUAACCCGAUUAUCGGUCAACGCGCGGUUCACGCAAUUCUACGGCGGUGCACUAUGGAACUCGUACAUUAUCCCAAGCUUAAAAUGUGCACCAUCAGGGUCUUAUAAUAAAGUGUACAAAAUGUGUGAAGUGGGGGGAAGGAAGGAGGGAGAAGGAUCGAAGCUUGUUAGCUUUUCACAAUUCGUGAACCCCCAAAAAUAUCGGUCUAGUUGCGCCUAAGUGGACAUCAUGGCUCGUACGCGUACGAUUAAUUAAUUUAUUAAUUAUAUUAUAUUAUUAUAUUAUAAUAUAUUAUAUUAUAAUUAUAUUAUUAAUUUUAUUAAUUAAUUAAUUAUUGUAUAUUCAAUUAUAAUAUUUGUCCCAUUUUUUGUGUAGAAAAACACCACCGUACCGGACACGCGAUACUAUAACGAUACGACGACGUCUCAUCCGACAAAACCUAAGCUCUUGGAUACGGUUUUCUGAAUAUCAAGGAUUUUUUUUUCUGAUAAGGGUUUUAAUACUCUUUGAUUAUGUCAACCGCGUUCGAAUUGAUGUCCACUACCUUACUCUGUAUAUUUUACGAAACAAUAAUUCCUAAACGCUCUCCUCGUACAGUCAUUAUUUAUAUAGUCAUAAAAGUUAUAUAUAUAUAUGGUAUACAUGUACUCGUAUAUAUAGUAUUACAUAACGGUAUAAAACACUUACGUAUAUUAUGUAGUACGUAAUAUUCGAAUGACUCUCCUCGAAGCUCCGAUAGAAUUUGUUGUUGUUACUCUUUUUUUAUAUUUAUUUCAUUCUUUACAGGAUUAUAUUAUUAAAUUUCUCUUAUGCUUUCAGCGAAAUCAAUCGUUCGUAAUCAUCGGACAAAUCAUGACAAUACAUGAAAAAAACACGAGGGUGAGCAUAAAUUUGUACAAUGCCCGUUGUCCUACAGUAUUCAAACAUAUAAUGUAUGAUUUUUUUUUCUUACAAACCACCAUUACGACGUCCAUUGUGAAGGGUGGGAAUGUAUGAACACUAAAAAUUGAUGUUUCAAUUCAAUGUUCACAACGAAUUUCAGUGUAUUUUUACGAAACGCUCAUAAGUCACAGUCAACAUUUUAUUUAUUAUAUAGGUAAGACACGAGUACUGACCCAGCUGUAUGUGUUUUAUAUUAAAAGGUAGUUGAUAAUAUUCGCUUGAAAUAUCCAUUCGUUGAUAACACAUUGGUAACCGAUUUCCUUUUCGUAACAUCGUUUCGACCAAAUACCGUCUAGUUCUUAGUAUUAAGUAAUAAUUGUAAUAAUACUUAUAUAUUUUAUAAUAGUAUAGGCAUAUAUUAUUGAUAUUAUUUAUUGUUUUAUAUAUUGGAGAACGCUUGAGGAGACAUUGUAUUUAUCACGCGUAGGUCUGAAGUACAUAGCUGCGAACUAAUGAUUUUGAAUACACUAUUUACUAUACCAUUGACUGAAAUA